UCUUCACUCCUUUCUAACAUCUUCACUCGAAAAUUACACAAACUCUAUAAUCUAACAGUUAAAUGCAAGAAAAGAAAGCAGAAAUGGCCAACAAGAAUCCAAAGAAAGCAAAUCUCUUGGAUCACCACUCUAUCAAACACAUUCUCGACGAGUCAGUCUCCGAGAUUGUUACAAGUCGCGGAUAUGUUGAAGAUGUGAGGAUGAGCAAUGUAAGAUUGUUAAUGGGAACUAUUAUUAUAAUUAUUGCUCUGGUUGCCCAAUUCUACAAAAAGAAGUUUCCUGAAAAUAGGGACUUUUUGAUUGGCUGCAUCGUAUUGUAUAUAGUCUUCAAUGGAUUGUUGCAGCUGAUUAUAUACACUAAAGAGAAGAAUGCGAUCUUAUUCACAUAUCCUCCUAAGGGUUCUUACACCAGCACUGGUUUAGUGGUUUCUUCAAAAUUGCCCAGAUUUUCUGAUGAGUACACGCUCAGCAUAGCUAGUGCAGAUCCCAAAUCAAUUUCAGCAGGGAAACCAGUGCAGUUUACAAAGAGUGUCACUCAAUGGUUCACCAAGGAUGGAGUUCUAGUAGAAGGUUUGUUCUGGAAAGAUGUUGAAGCACUAAUAAAUGAUUAUGCUGCAGAGCCAAAGAAGAGCAAGUGAUAUACUGGUCUGACAGAUAGGUCAAUGAUUUAGACAGAUAGAGCCCCUACACUAUUGUGUUCAAUUAUGGAUGUUCAUUGAAUUUUUGGUUCUUGCCUUGAAAAUUCUUGAGCUAAACUUAAAUGAAUCAAGUUCCAUUAUUAUUUAGACAA